AAUAAAGCUUGAGAGGGCCGCUGGCGACGCCCUGCUCGGCCUGUUCUGUACACCCUUCCCUUCCUACGUUCUGCCCUCCCGUCCCCCGCAACACGACGCCCCCGGGGCCGCAGCGCCGCCGGCGGCAGGUAUGUCAGAGCACAGCAGUGAAUCCACAACACUUGAUGAGUCUCAUCCAUCUGCAGAAGAGGUCCAGUCUGGCUUUGAGGAAAGUGCAAUGGCUCAAGAAUCUCCCAAAAAUUCAGCGGCAGAAAUUCCUGUGACUAGCAAUGGACAGCUGGAAGAUUGUCAUGAGUACAGCUUUAACAGGAACUUGAAAUGUUCAUUACCAGUUGGACUUGGACUUUCAGAAACCAAAAUGACAUCUCAUGGCUUUGAUGGUGUGAAAGAGGGAGUUGUUGAGGCAGGACAAUUUCCAAGUAAAGGUUCCUCAGCAUCACCCAAAUCAUCUGUUAUAUCUCCUAGCAGUGCAGCAGCUAGCAGACUGGCUGGACAAGGUUGUGGGAGCAUAGCUCAGCAGAAGAGUGGACCUGUUGUGUUAGCAGAUGAAGUAAAGAACCCCGCGAUGGAAAAACUGGAGCUGGUGAGAAAGUGGAGCCUGAACACUUACAAGUGUACACGUCAGAUCAUCUCUGAAAAACUGGGUCGUGGCUCAAGAACAGUAGACUUGGAACUAGAAGCUCAGAUAGAUACAUUGAAAGACAACAAAAAAAAAUAUGAAAAUAUCUUGAGACUAGCACAGACACUGUCCACGCAGCUGUUCCAGAUGAUACAUACCCAAAGGCAACUUGGAGAUGCAUUUGCUGACCUGAGUUUGAAAUCAUUAGAACUUCAUGAGGAGUUUGGCUACAAUGCAGAUACACAGAAACUUCUAGCUAAAAAUGGAGAAACACUUCUUGGGGCUAUUAACUUUUUUAUUUCCAGUGUGAAUACAUUGGUGAAUAAAACAAUUGAGGAUACGUUGUUGACUGUGAAACAAUACGAAAGUGCCAGGAUUGAAUACGAUGCUUAUCGAACAGACCUGGAAGAGCUGAAUCUUGGUCCUCGUGAUGCAAAUACUCUGCCAAGGAUUGAACAAUCACAGCAAUUGUUUCAAGUGCAUAAAGAGAAAUAUGACAAAAUGCGUAAUGAUGUAUCUAUCAAAUUGAAAUUUUUGGAAGAAAAUAAGGUGAAGGUAUUGCACAAUCAGCUUGUUCUGUUCCACAAUGCCAUUGCGGCGUACUUUGCUGGCAAUCAAAAGCAACUUGAACAGACACUUAAACAGUUUCACAUCAAAUUGAAAACUCCUGGUGCAGAUGCCCCGUCCUGGCUUGAAGAACAGUAAUCAGAUCAUGGAAGAGGACCCAAUGUUAACCUAAAAUUCUUUAAAUCUGAGAAUAAUUAAGGGUUGGGUUGAAGGACUGUUUUACUGAUUCUUGAACAGACAGCUUUAAAUUUUUUCCCCUUUGAUAAUACUGUAAAACUGAAUUUGAUAGGAAAGUGGGUGACCUUAAGGUAACUAAAUGUAAUUUCAAGUAUAGAGCACUCCUUUUGUAUGUAAAGGUUAGUGUGUUUUUCUGUA